GGAAGCGGCGGCGGCUGCGGAUGUCGCUGCGAGCGAGCGGCGCCUGAUCCCGCGUCGUCGGCCUGCCAGGCGGCCCCCCGAGCAGCGCGCCGUGUCCUCGCCGCCGCCCGGGCCGCUCUCCGGGCUCGCUCUUGGUGUGCCUGCCGCGUCCCGCUCGCCUGAGUCACCGCCGCCGCCGCCAUGGCCGAGAGUGGUGAGAGCGGCGGCCCUCCGGGCUCUCAGGACGGCGCGGCCGAAGGGGCUGCAGGCGCUCCCGCCGCCGCCGCCGCCGGCCCCGCGGAGCCCAAGAUCAUGAAAGUCACGGUGAAGACCCCGAAGGAGAAGGAGGAGUUCGCUGUGCCCGAGAACAGCUCGGUGCAGCAGUUCAAGGAAGAAAUCUCCAAACGUUUCAAGUCACAUACUGACCAACUUGUAUUGAUAUUUGCUGGAAAAAUUUUAAAAGAUCAAGAUACUUUGAGUCAACAUGGAAUUCAUGAUGGACUUACUGUUCACCUUGUAAUCAAAACGCAAAACAGGCCUCAGGAUCAUUCAGCUCAACAGACGAACACCACUGGAAGCAAUGUCACCACGUCCUCGGCUCCUAAUACCAACUCCUCCUCUGGUUCUGCUACUAGCAGCCCUUUUGGUUUAGGUGGCCUCGGAGGACUUGCAGGUCUGAGUAGUUUAGGUUUGAAUACUACCAACUUCUCUGAACUCCAGAGUCAGAUGCAGCGACAACUUUUGUCCAACCCAGAAAUGAUGGUCCAGAUCAUGGAGAAUCCCUUCGUCCAGAGCAUGCUUUCUAAUCCUGACCUGAUGAGGCAGUUAAUUAUGGCCAAUCCACAGAUGCAGCAGUUGAUACAGAGAAAUCCAGAAAUUAGUCAUAUGCUGAAUAAUCCAGAUAUCAUGAGACAAACACUGGAACUUGCCAGGAAUCCAGCAAUGAUGCAGGAAAUGAUGAGAAACCAAGAUCGAGCCUUGAGCAACUUAGAAAGUAUCCCAGGGGGUUACAAUGCCUUACGUCGCAUGUACACAGAUAUUCAGGAACCCAUGCUGAGCGCUGCACAGGAACAGUUUGGUGGUAAUCCGUUUGCCUCUUUAGUGAGCAAUACAUCUUCAAGUGAAGGUAGUCAGCCUUCUCGUACAGAAAAUAGAGAUCCAUUACCGAAUCCCUGGGCUCCACAGACUUCCCAGAAUUCAUCAACUUCGAGUGGCACCACCAGCACUGUGGGUGGCACUGCCAGUAGUGCUGCCGGUGGCACUGCUGGGCAGAAUACUUCUGUACCUGGAGUAGGAGCUAGUAUGUUCAACACACCAGGAAUGCAGAGCUUAUUGCAACAAAUAACUGAGAACCCGCAACUUAUGCAAAACAUGCUGUCUGCUCCCUACAUGAGAAGCAUGAUGCAGUCUCUAAGCCAGAAUCCUGACCUUGCUGCCCAGAUGAUGCUGAAUAAUCCCCUAUUUGCUGGAAAUCCUCAGCUUCAAGAACAAAUGAGACAACAGCUCCCAACUUUCCUACAACAAAUGCAGAAUCCUGAUACUCUGUCUGCGAUGUCAAAUCCUAGAGCCAUGCAGGCCUUGCUGCAGAUUCAGCAGGGCUUACAGACACUGGCAACAGAAGCCCCUGGUCUCAUUCCAGGGUUUACUCCUGGCCUGGGAGCAUUAGGAAACACAGGGGGCUCUUCAGGAAGCAAUGGGUCUAACACUACCCCCAAUGAAAACACAAGCCCCACAACAGGGACCACUGAACCUGGACACCAGCAGUUUAUUCAACAAAUGCUGCAGGCUCUUGCUGGAGUAAAUCCUCAGCUACAGAAUCCGGAAGUCAGAUUUCAACAACAACUGGAACAGCUGAGUGCAAUGGGAUUUUUGAACCGUGAAGCAAACUUGCAAGCGUUAAUAGCAACAGGAGGUGACAUCAAUGCAGCUAUCGAAAGGUUACUGGGCUCCCAGCCAUCAUAGCAGCAUUUCUGUAUCUUGGAAAAAUGUAAUUUAUUUUUGAUAACGGCUCUUAAAUCUUUAAAAAUACCUGCUUUAUUUCAUUUUGACUCUUGGAAUUCUGUGCUGUUAGAAACAAACCCAAUAUGAUUGAUUCUAAGGUGGAGUGCAUUAAGAUGUGUGGAUUUUCUGGGUUUUUGUUUUUGGAACAGUGGGAAUCAAUGCUUUUUCAUUUAAGGCUACUACAUGCAUGAAACACUUCUGCAUUUAUUGUAAUUUUUUUAAAACAUCACCUUUUAUAGUUGGGUGAACUGAUUUUGGUCCUGCAUCUGUCCAGUUUAUUUGCUUUUUAAACAUUAGCCUAUGGUAGUAAUUUAUGUAGAAUAAAACUAUUAAAAAGAAGCAAAUUAUUUGCGCUCUAUAAUUUGUGGUACAAUAUUGCUUCUUGUGACUUGGCAUGUAUUUUUGCAAACAAAAUGCUGUAAGAUUUCUACCCGAUGAAUUUUGCUUUAUUUGUAUACGAAACAGUAUGCACAUUUGGGACAGCAUUUCUAGAAACAAAACUGCGGUAGUUUAUUUGACCAAAGUAUCUGUAAUCCAAAAAAUAUAAAUAAGGAAAUACUCUUAAAGCUGAGAAUUUCCUCAUUGUAUCAAAUCUUACAGCAUCUUUGGUAAACAUCUCUCAGCAAAAGUGCCGGUAAUUCGGGUUUAUGGAAAAUAUAAUAGAAACUCUGAUUUUGGCUAUCUAUUCAAGGGUGUUUAAUUGUACAGACAACAUCAUGUAAAAUUGUCUUGGCAUUUACAGAGUGAUUGUAAAUUAUCCUAAUCUUUGUGCAGACUGAAGGAGCACUGUAGUAUACCCAAAAAUGCAUUGCCUAGGACUUCUCAUCUUCUCCCAUAGGUAGUUUAGCAGGCAUUACAGUUUGUAAUUGAAAUGUUGCUUUCACUGAAAGUGUCUUGAUGUUUUAGUUAUUUUAAUUGCCAUAUACAAAUAGAACUAUCUUUUGGUUCAUCGGUUUUCUCAUGCACAGGCAAUACAUGAAUUUAAAAUGAUUUGUGAGCCACUUGUUUCUGAAGUGUUUGGGUAGUUCUGUUAAGACAUAGUUAAAUAUUGUGCUUUUCGGAGCCUCAGAGAAAGGGGUGGGGGUGGGGUGGCGGACUCUAUCCUGGAUUGGGCCAGCCUAAGUAAUACUGGCAACCAAGAUUCUGUUAGGAUUUCUGUGCAUAUAGUGUAGUAAUGAAGUAUCAUUCAGGGGUGAAAAACAAAGAGCCGUUUUAACAAUGUUGAGUACAUUUUGGCUAUUCUACAGCCUUGUUCUUCCUCCCCACAGAAGUUCUGUUUGCCUAACUCUGAAACUGUUGGGGUGGUACAUUCCUUUAGGACCAAUUAAAACAUAACUUUAGGGUCAGUAAUAUAUUUGGCUGACUCUGGUUCAGUAUUCUCUUAGGUCAUUAUAUUCUCUCAUGUACAGUUACAGAAAAUUAAAAUGUUAAACUAAAAUGAGUCAGACCAAUAAAAUCAAGGAAAAUGUAAGUUGAAUUCCAUUAGUUCAGUAAAUUGCUUGUUCUUCAAAAAGGUUAAGAUGCCAAGUUGCCCACCAGUCCAUGCAUUGUUCUGAUGCUUUUCCUAGGAGGAAAACCCACAAAGAUGAGGGCGAGGCAUGAUUACAGGAGGUUGUUAGGGAAGGUAUUCAUAUACUCUCUGCCUUAUGCCUCAGUCUGGUUUAAAAACUUGUGUAUGGUGAAUGGUGGUACAGUGUGGGACAGUGUCAUAACCAAUUUGAUGAUUUAUUAAUCACCAAAUAACAAUAAAUCUCUAGCUUUUACACUUGGUUUGUCUUGCUUCUUUUGUAGAAGGAAAAAGAUACCUUCAAUUUAUUGUGUGUAACCACGUCUUUUGAAGGCUGUCGGAAUGGAUUACCUUAGUUUUAUUAUGCUUUAGAUUGUCCUUUAGUAAUUCCUUAGGCUUUGCUAAAUAAAAUGUUAGGUGCACUA